AGGACGCCGAUGACGUCACUGUGAUGGCGGAAGCGGCGACAUCUUGCCCGCAAGCUGCCAGUAAUUGCCCUCCCACCCUUUUCCGUCCCUUAGUUUUUCCGGGGUGAAAGGGCGCGGGCUCCGGGGCGGCUCCUGCUGCUGCUGCUCUCUAUUAGCCGUGCGGCGGAGACAUCAGGAGUGAGGCCCAGGGCGGCUUGGCGAGGAACCGCAGGACUUCCCUGUUGCAGCAGCCUCUACACCGGAGCGGCUCGGGAGGGGCCAGGCUUCCAUUCUGUCCUAGUGGAGAGGCGAGGCAGCGUUGCAUACAAGAGAGAGAGCCCUGAUGUUUGUGGAAGUACAAUGUGAUGCUGAGAUUGAGCAGAGGCUGUGGAAAGGUUUCCAGUUGGGCAUAAAGCUUUCUUGGGACAUACUCUUAUUUGACCUUCACAUUGGACAUCGUCUUGAGUUGAAUUCUGGACCACUUUCUUUUUAAACAUUAUGUACCUUAGAUUGCUGUUGGCUUGAGUGUUGAUUGGAGACCACUGAGCUUUGUGGAUUAUUAAAGCUUUGCUGUUGUGAAGAGAUUCGACUGAGUUCCAUAAAUGUGCUGCUAAUCUGACCAGUGAGGGUUAAGGCUUGUGGAAAUACAGAAUGCUGGAAGUCUUCUCUAGAUCAUGAGCCAUAUCCCUGCUCUGUGAAGAUGGGGCGUUAGUGCAGUCAGUAUGCCAGAACAUCACAAAGCUGCAGAAACCAGAAUCAGAGCAUCCUAAACACACACAAGUGCACUGCAUUCCCUGUAGAUCGAUUGUCAGACUUGUCUGCAGAGACCCUUCUGUUACUCGGUGACUAUACUUUGAGUAGCAGCAUUUGCAACCUCUGGAAAGAGGGACCAUUUUUUUUCCAUCUACCGUCACCUGCUACCACAAACCUGGCCGACAUGUCUACCUCCUCCUUGCGCCGACAGAUGAAAAACAUAGUCCACAAUUACUCUGAAGCAGAAAUUAAAGUGAGGGAGGCCACUUCAAAUGAUCCAUGGGGUCCGUCCAGCUCCUUAAUGUCAGAGAUCGCUGACCUUACCUACAACGUGGUGGCCUUCUCAGAAAUCAUGAGCAUGAUAUGGAAACGACUCAAUGAUCAUGGAAAGAACUGGCGACAUGUCUACAAAGCCAUGACGCUAAUGGAGUACCUGAUUAAAACUGGCUCUGAGCGGGUGGCACAGCAGUGUAAAGAGAACAUAUAUGCCAUACAGACCCUUAAAGAUUUCCAAUAUGUGGACAGAGAUGGAAAAGACCAGGGUGUCAAUGUCCGUGAGAAAGCUAAACAGUUAGUGUCCCUGCUGAAAGAUGAUGAAAGGCUGAAGGAAGAAAGAGCACAUGCCCUGAAGACCAAGGAGAAGCUGGCACAAACUGCCACAUCUUCUUCUGCAUCCUCCACCUUAAACCCGGCCCCAGAAGCAGAGCAAGCUUGGCCUCAAAGCAGCGGAGAGGAAGAACUUCAGCUCCAGCUUGCCUUGGCCAUGAGUAAAGAAGAAGCGGAGCAGGUAAGAGCAAAGCCCCCUCCUGUGUCCGAAGAGGAAUUGCAGCUACAGCUUGCCCUUAGCAUGAGCAAAGAGGAACACGACAAGGAGGAGCGAAUCAAACGAGGAGACGACCUCCGGCUUCAGAUGGCUAUAGAGGAAAGCAGAAAAGGGGCACCUUCCAAACAGGAAGAGCAGUCAUCCCUAAUGGACCUAGCUGAUGUUUUCAGCCCCCCUGCACCAGUCGCCACUACUGCAGACCCAUGGGGUGCCUCGGCUUCGCCCCCUGCAGAUCCAUGGGCAGGUGGAGUUACUACAGCUACACUACCAGUAGUAGCAGCAGCAGCAGCAGCGCCUGACCCGUGGGGGGGCCCUCCAGUUGCUACAGGUACAAGCGCUGAUCCGUGGGGAACUGGUGUACAGAUGAACUCCACUUCUGGCGACCCCUGGGGUGGAACACAGGCUGUUACUGUUACUUCAGCUGAUGUCAAAUCAGUGUCUGAUCCAUGGAAUCCAGGAGGUUCGGCUGCAACUACUGGCAUCCCAAGCAACGAUCCCUGGUCCUCUAGUCCACCAGUGGCUCAGUCUGUGAAGAAAGCUGCAGAUCCGUGGGCCCCGGCAGCUUCAUUUUCUGAUCCUUGGGGUGGAUCACCUUCUAAACCGAGCACAAACGGGACAAUGGCCAGUUCCACCUUUGACCAGUUCGUCAAUCCUGCAGAUAAAGACGAGUUUUCGGAUUUUGACACCUUGAGGAAUGCUCUGCCCCAGUCAGGAAGCAGCACAGGUGAACUAGAUCUGUUGGCGGGAGAAGUCCCAAUGUCUCGUUCAUUGGGAUCAAAGAGCCCCGAUGCUUUUGACAUGACUGCUAUGAGUGGCUCCCUGUCUGACUCCUCUAGGCCAAUGCGGAAAACACCGGAGUCCUUCUUGGGACCGAACGCUGCCCUUGUAGAUUUGGAUUCUCUAAUCUCGAAAUCCGCCAUGCAGAAUACAAAGACCUCCAAUCCUUUUCUUGUUACAGGAACACCCAACGCAACCACAACAAAUCCAUUCCAGCCCAACCAACAGUCAUCUCUUACUCUCAACCAGCUGCGCUCAAGCCCUGUGAUGACCUUGGGACAGCCAGUUACCCCAGCCGGCCAAACGCCUGCAACCAUUCCUUUCACUUCCCCCAUGAUGUCUGUCUCUCCCAUGGCCCCUGGAAUUCCUAUAGCAAACGUGGCACCAAUGAUUGGAAUGCAGCCUAUGGCUGGAAUUCCCAACUUGCCAGUUGGUACGGUGGCUCCUGGAAUGGGUUUACCACCUAUGAUGCCACCACAGCAGCUGGUUGCACAGCCACUUGUCCCAAAUUUAUCAACACAAGCUGUGACGAGUACUACUAACCCUUUUCUGUUAUGAGGUGGGGGCGGGGUGGGGGUUAAAGUAUUUGUAGAGGUGAUGACCAGGUGUGAUGGGUCUAGAAUGAGUAUCUUUUACAACUACUACAGAAAGUCCCUGUAUCCACGUAACCCUGUGUAAGCAGCAAAAUGUUUCCUGGUGUCUGCUACUCUUUGACUGUGCCUCCAAAUACCAAGAAUUAGUAUUUAACCCCGAGCAGUACAGCACCUGGAGUUUGGGUAGAAGAUCAUUUAUUCCAUAUUGUAUUCUGCACAUCAAUUAUCAUGAGAACUAUGCCAGAGCUCUGCAUUGAUCCCCUCGUUUUUGCAUUAAUGAACUGUACUCUAUGAUUGUAACCUGUCUUGUUUGAUUUUCUCCUGGAAGUUUCUAUGGGCUCCCAGGUUUGGUGCAAGUGUCAGUUGCAUCUUUUAUUUGACAGCUCCUCUGGCCCGGAGGCUUGUAUUCACCAGGCCGAUUUACUUCUUCCCAUCGUUAAUUGCAAUCCAGCCCAUACCAUCUUUGUCGAGUAUUAAACCGCAACUGCAGGCACAUGCUCCCUUUCUGUUAUUUUGGCGGCAGUUGGUUUGAACUCUGUUAACCAUAUGAGUAGCCGACAUUAUAGGCUAUCCGUUUUUUUUAAUACCACUCUUUGGUUCAUAGCACUUUCAUCACAGUUAUGCCUGAGUUUGGGAUGUGAACUGAAUAAAACACUAAAAAGUGAACUUUCUGAAACCCAAAAAACUCUGUUAUUGAAGUUAUCUUUUUCCUAUGGAUCUGAAUAUUGUACUUGGCGGCCAGUUCUUGUUCAUGGAAGCGGGUGGAUACGCCCCUAUUGUGCGGCCGCUAAGGCUUUGGAUCCAUGUAAAUAUGAACAACACUGCUGCAACAUUAGAAGUCAAAAAGUGUGAAAAUAGCUUGAUAACCACUUGAUAAAUUGUUUCCUGAACACACAACAUUACUAAGUGUAUAUUUCUAUACAAGUGUUGGCCUUGUGGGAAAAGACCACUCGGGGUGGUGGAUUUCAUCUGCCAUUUUUAUUUUAAUAGGUAUCAGGUCUCUCUCAUGGAGUUAUACAGUAGCGUGAAUACUGAAAUAAUCCGCACAGCCAUUGUCCUGUUAGGAGCUGCCCGCUGGACUUCAUGCACAAUUAAAGGGCAAGAACAGCGCUCAUUGAUACUUCAUCUUUUAUGUAUUUAUUAACAGAAAAUAAGCUUUGAUUACGAACGUGGCAUAUUUCUCCUUUUCAAAAACAAUUCUAAAUCGUAAUGUCUUUUAGGAUACAGCAUUGGAGAUAAUCCAGCCAAUUUAUUGUAGAUAUGAGAGAAGUACAAGGUGAUGCAAAGCAGGCAGGUGGUUGGAACUGGGUGUAUGUACUACAUAUUUUAACAACAGAGCUUGGGUACUGCAGCAUUUGAGAGUUGAGGGCUUUUCUUAGGAAUGGACUUUUUAUUGAGAAUUCUGUUUCGAAGGAUGACUUUUAUCGAUCACAUCCAUUUGUCUCUUGGAACAUUUAGUACCAUUCCCUGCCAAGCCAUUGAGUCUUGAAAACAGCUUGAUGCCAAUUUAGUCUUGUGUCGUCUCUUCAGUGAUACUAAUAGAAGUGACUAAGCUCUGCAAGCCCACAUUCAGUUUUAAAGAUUCUCUUUUGCUGUACGAGGAACUGUCAGGGAGAUGGUGGUGACCCGCCUUCAACAAACAUGGAAACCCAUUUUGGGUCCUGAGCUAUCGGUUAAGAACCUCUGCUUUGAGGCUAUUGCAGCUCAGCUGUGCAGUUAUACGAGUUUAUAGACUGCAUUGCAUUAGAGGAAACGCCUCUCCUGCUUUUUGAUUGGAUGCCCUCUUUGACUCCCCCUUAGUAAAGGUUACAGCCUUUUUAUUAUGCCUUAGUAUUCUUGGUAAAGUAUGGUAAAGUCUUUAGGAUUACACAAAACAAAUCAUUUCACAAAGGCACAGAAUACAAAUAUAUUCCUAUUGCAGCACCACAUGUUUUUGAUCCACCAUAGAAUUGUAACUUGUUUUGUCUAAAGAUGCUACUGCCGUUGUGCUGGUUUCUCAAGCAUUGUGUUUGAUCACUUCCCUGUGGUCCCCUGCUUUUCUUCCCACCACUUAUGUACAUGUGCUUCUACGUUAUUGCCUUUCUCUGUCUAUAUCUGUGUUUAGCACACCUACUCCAUAUAUCUUCCACCUACUCCAUAUAUCUUCCACCUACUCCAUAUAUCUUCCACCUACUCCAUAUAUCUUCAAGGGACACCAGUUUAGCUGUUCUAUUUCAAACUCUUGGUGGCAAGAAGUGGUCUUUUGGCGCCAUCAUGGCUUGACCUACGGUGGGGCUUGUUGUGAAUUUUUACCUCCUACAGUAGACAGAUACAGGAAUCAGUAAUUCUUUUUAAAGACUUGACAUGGAAUAACGAAUUAUUUUUGGUUUGCAAUAUUCUUUAGACCGUUUUAUUUAUGUGUGUGCCUUUGGAAAGGGAAAGGAACAAAGAAAAGCUGUUUGGGAUUGGGUGCCACAUAAAUGUCAGCUGUAGAUGAAAGCUUGAUUGCUUUUACAGGUAUAGGAUCCCUUAUCCGGAAACCCGAUAUCCAGAAAGCUCCGAAUUACGGAAUGGCUGUCUCCCAUAGACUCCAUUUUAUCCAAAUAAUCCAAAUUUUUAAAAAUGAUUUCCUUUUUCUGUGUAAUAAUAAAACUGUAGCUUAUACUUGAUACCAACUAAGAUAUAAUUAAUCCUUAUUGGAAGCAAAACCAGAAUAUUGGAUUUAUUUCGUGUUUAAAUGAAUUUCUAGUAGACUUAAGGUAUGAAGACCCAAAUUACGGAAAGAUCCGUUAUCGGGAAAACCCCAGGUCCCAAGCAUUCUGGAUAACAGGUCCCAUACCUGUAUUACCUAAGAUUCAGAUGAAGUGUUGAUUUUUAGGGGCUGGGCUUCUCCUUGAAGCUGAAUGAAGGAAGACCAUUUUGCACAAAAUUUUAACUUAUUGAAACUAAAGCAAAGAAAAGCCGCCAUCUUUUGGGUGUUAUGGACUUGCAGAUCAGACUUCAUGAACAUGCCUCUAACUGGGAAAUAUACAUCAGAAUGCUGGAGCAAUGUCCAAAGAUGAAGAGAACCAUUCAGAGCAUUGCUUAUAGAUGUGUAUUUAGUGCCGUAGUGACGCUGGUUCCUGGAUUGCUUCUAUGUGGACUUUCUAUGGUUAGUGGCACAUAUGAAUGCACUGGAGAUGGCUUUUGUUGGCUCACAGUUUGUGACCCAUUAACACUGAGGAGUUUAGAAGAAAAGCCUCACAUGAUGUUGCUUCAAUAUUCCUCUAGUUGUGAUAGGAAUAGCUAUAGCUGUGAUUCAAAGUGUCUUUUGUUUCCACACUACAUUCAGUUCUAUUUUACUCCAUCGCAGCAGCUGAAAACCCUCAAAUGGCUAAUGAAAAAUUUGUGGAAAUGUUUCAUUCUCACCAUUUUGCUGUGGGAUGGCACAUUUGGGAAUUGAUUUACCACCGUCUUGGGUCGUAGAUCAGAUUGUCAGCCUGUAGGCUUAGAUCAUGUUUUUUCUUUUAUAUACUAGUCUCGUACCUAGUGCAGCCUUUUAUUUGCAAAACAGAGACUCGUGAAGAAGGAAAAGUUGGGUCUUUUUGAGUAGAGAUUUAUUGUUUCAACUUAAAGUGUCAGCCAUUUGAGUUAUAUCAAAGGUUUACUCUAAUCAAGCUCCGCACUCGUUCAUGCUCAAGCUAUAUUGGUUCUACUUGUAGAACCUUCCCUACAGCUUCGUUUCAGAAAAACCUGAAGCUCCGUAGUCUACCAAACCUCUUUUCUUUUGUAAUAUAUAUACACAUUUUUACUUUGGUCAAAGCAUGGCUUUUAAAUGAAUCCCCGUAGGGACAGUAAGGUCGGAUGCUGGACUUGUUGCUACUGGGGCUUUGUUAGUUUCUCAGGAAGUUCUUGUGAAAUAUGUGUCUGGAGAUAAUGAGCAGAUUGCUCAGUGGAAGCCUUCAUCAUAUCCCCUAGGUAUAGUUUCCGAUAGUUCCAUUUUUGUAAAAAGAGCCUACACUGGGAUGUAAACCUUGCCGACUGUACCUCCUUAUUUCCCACCAGCGUGCAUGCCAAUGGAUUGUCCACUCCAUCCAGAGUACAGUAUAUCACCUAGUAGGACAGGACAAAAACUCAAAACUCUGUGCUUUUCUCCCAAGACAAGAUUUUCUUUUUAAUAAACCGCCAUUUUGACCCGUGAAAGGGAAGUAAGAUCAUACAGGGAUCCACAAGAUUGUGGCUCCCCAUCGGGUGCAGCUAUUUACUGUCAUUGGCUUCUGGUUGUUGUGGUCCAGCAUCUUCUGGAGAUCCACAGGCUGCAGAUUCCUGAGCUAUACAAGAUAAAGGGAUGUACAAUGAACACAUAAUAUUUUGUUUUCAAAACGUCAAUUUAUUUCCUUCCUCCCCCACACUUGCUUGGUGCAGCAUUGUAGAUCUUUCUCCGUCAGUUGUCCAGUUCAGGUGAUUCGAUAUUCAAUGCUUUCCUGCUUUUCGAUGAGUUGUACUAUGAUCAGGACAGACUGGGCGCAUAAACAGAAGGAUUUUUUAAAAAAAAGACUAAGUAAAAAGGACUUUGUGUGCUCUUUGCUGUUUUUUUUUUUUUUUGAACUCUUUGUGGCUAAGUGAACGUGGCAGUUCACCUUAAAAUACUAUUUUGGACCCCAUUAAACCCUGGCGUUAAGCAAUUCUGCACCGUGUUUUUGUUUUUCCCUGGGAUCAUGCGCAGGGCAUUAGAGGGGAGAGUGGAAAAAAAAAACCAUGUCUGAAUCAAUGUUUUGGAAAAUCCAAGAUAAAAUUAUCAUACUAUGUGAUUUUAUUUUAUUUGUUAAAUAUACUUGUAUGCAUAAUAUGAUAAAUGAAUUGGGGCUAAAAAUAAAUCACCUUCUCGAUGUAUUGUACAAUAA